AAAAGAAAAACUUUGCUUUUUUGUGAAUUCUCCAAUUUUGGAGGGAGAUUUGCAGGUGAAGAGAGGCGGUUGAUGUCUCUGCUUUGCUUGCUUCUUAAAUAAAAACCAGAGGGAAGUUAGGCCAACGGUUAGCUUCCCUCCAACUUUGUUUCCCUCUGGUUCACUUGGAAUCAAAGUAAACCUCUUUUUCAGCUGAUUCUUGGUCACCAUCUCAGACCCAACUUCACCUUCUCCUGUCAUAUUCUCUACAAACGUCUUCUCACCUCCUCCUCAUGGUUCCUAAACCUUCUAUUUAAACUUGAAUUCUUUCUUCCUUUAAAGCAAGUUCUGGUGCCUUUUGGUGUGACUUCUUUGUUGAAAGUAAGGUUCUUGAUUGGUUUUGGCUUGUGGGUUUUUGGAGAUUUUGGUUUUCAGGGGAAGUUUCCAGCUCCAAGGACUGAAUUCUGCAUGGUACACAAGCUACUCAAGGUUAACCCUCCUGGUAUUUGCUUUUUUGCCUCACUGGAAUCUCAUGAGUAUUCUACUCCAAAAACAUGAAAGUUUUGUGGAUAUAUAUUUUCCAAGUGCUAUUUGUGUGAUUGCUAGAUAGUUUUAUGAGUUUUCUACCAGGAUUGUUCUUGUGUACAGUUGUAGUAUCUUGAAAAGUGAGUGCUCAUUUAUUAAAAGGGGAAGCCUUGCAGCUACUUGGCUGUGAAAGUUUUUCCCAAUGAAUACUCGGUACACAUUUCAACCGGAUUUGCUAUGCAAUUCAAGUGCUGCAUCUCCUUCAAAUUCUUCAGGAGGAGAAGAUAGGAUGGCAGUGGGUGUGCGGAGUAGGUCUACUCGUGUUCCCCCUUCUUCACUGUUGAUAAGAAUGGCAAUGAGGAUAUCGAGAGCAAGGUGGUUCUCUUUCUUGAGAAGAGUUUUCCACUAUCAGAAUGGGUCGAGGUCUGAUCUUGGGUCCAAUCCUUUCAAUUCUAGCACUUGGAUGAUGCUGGAGUUCUUGGCUUUGGCUAUUCAAAUAACCAUCAUAACCUUCACUUUGGCCAUGUCACAAAGGGAGAGGCCUAUUUGGCCUAUGAGAAUUUGGAUUGUGGGGUAUGAUAUUGGCUGUGUUCUCAGUCUGCUGCUACUUUAUGGGCGCUACCACCAUGUUCACAUGAGUCAGGGAGAUGGUUUUAGCCUUUCUGAUUUGGAACAACAGAGGGGGAGUGAAGAAUCCAGGAGCUCGCAUUUGAUGAAUAAAUGUCGGACUUCACUUGAGCUAUUCUUUGCAAUAUGGUUUGUGAUGGGAAAUGUUUGGGUGUUUGAUUCCCGGUUUGGAUCGUUCCACCACGCUCCAAAUCUUCAUGUUCUCUGCAUCUCUCUGCUAGCCUGGAAUGCUCUCAGCUACUCAUUCCCAUUCCUGUUGUUUCUAUUCCUAUGCUGCUGCGUGCCACUGAUUAGCAGCCUACUUGGCUACAACAUGAACAUGGGGUCAACUGAGAAAGGGGCAUCUGAUGAUCAAAUUUCCCGGUUACCUAGCUGGAGAUACAAAGGUGCAGCCAAUACCAAUGUAGAGCUUGGCAAAGAAGCAGACUGCAAUCCAGGCUGUGAAAGUGAAGAUCCGGUAAAAUUAAAAGUUCUUUCUUUCUUUCUUUCUUUCUGUCCAGGCAGAGGCAGAGAAACAGGAGAAAUUUCUUCUUUUCUUGAGUUUCCACUUUGCAGUUGCAUGGAAGAAAGGGAAGAGCAUAACCCUUCUACAACUCCAAAGGAAAACACAAAACACAAAAGCCACAAGAUAGCUGGUCCGGAGAUGACGGCAGAGUAUCUCAGGAGGCAUCCCUCGAUGCGCGCCACUACCAAGCCAUCAUCACCAUCAUCAGGAGGAGGGAGGAUCAACUGCCUCUGCUCUCCCACCACACAUGCAGGCUCCUUCAGGUGCCGAUACCACAGGCUCCAAGGCAUGACAAGAGGAGGCUCUGUCGGCUCUAACCUCUCUUCGCUGGCCACCGCCAAACAAACCACCAUCAGCGACUCCCUCCAUGCCCAGUAGCCUCCAAUCAAACUUACACCUACCAAUUCCAUAUUCAAUAGACAUAUAUAUUUCUCUUUUCUUGGUGGGGUGCAUUUGUAACUUUACGCCUAAAUUUCAUGUCCUUCAUUUCAAUUUCCAAGGAUUUGGGAGAUAUGGGAUCCAAUCACCCAAUCCAUUAGCUUUAAUAUCUUAAUACCAUUGUAAAUGCACCCCAGCUAAAUUGUUUCCCCCUUUUCCUCAGUAAAUUCUUCAAUAUAAA